AUGGGAAUCAUCUCCAGACUCUCUGUCCUGACACUACUGUCUGGUCUCGCAGCUGCUUGGCUGCCCGAGACUGACAAGCAAAUCACCGCUUCUAAUGGAACCAACCUGUUUACUCCAUCCAAGGGCAAGAUCCGCGGCGUGAAUAUGGGCUCUCACCUCGUGUUUGAGCCCUGGAUCGCCGAAAACGCCUGGUCCGAUAUGGGCUGCAAGGGCCAGAAGUCGGAAUUCGACUGCGUGUCCAAGAUGGGCCAGGAUGCCGCCAACAAGGCCUUCGCUGGUCACUGGGAUUCCUGGAUCACCGAGGAUGAUAUCGCAGAGAUUGUGAGCUAUGGUUUGAACACCAUUCGCAUUCCUGUCGGAUACUGGAUCAAGGAGGAUCUCGUCUACUCGGAUAGUGAGCACUUCCCUCAGGGUGGGUUCGACUACCUUGAGAAGCUCUGUGGAUGGGCUAGUGAUGCUGGUCUGUAUAUCAUCAUGGACCUCCACGGUGCUCCUGGAGCGCAGACGGCCAAGAAUCCCUUCACUGGUCAAUACGCCGAUACUCCUGGGUUCUACCAGGACUACCAGUAUGAGCGUGCGCUCAAGUUCCUCGAGUGGAUGACAACGACCAUCCACCAGAACGACAAGUUCCGCAACGUGGGUAUGCUCGAGGUUGUCAACGAGCCUGUCCAGAAUGCCGAUAAAGUCAAGACCAUGCGGACGAGCUACUACCCACAAGCCUUUGACAGAAUCCGCGCAGCCGAAAAGAACGCCACCGUUGACAAGAAAGAUUACCUACACAUUCAGAUGAUGGACAAGCUCUGGGGAUCCGGCGACCCCAACGAGUCCCUGAAAGACCUCUACUACGCCGCAUACGACGACCACCGCUACCUGAAAUGGGCCAACGUCGACGUCUCCAAGGACAGCUACAUCAGCACCUCAUGCAGCGACGAACUCAACAGCAACACCCCCACCAUCGUUGGCGAAUGGAGUCUGAGUGUUCCCGACGAUGUCGAGUCCCACGAUGACUGGAAGCCCGAUGGCAACCAGGAUUUCUACAAGAAGUGGUUUGCGGCCCAGGUUACGUCGUACGAGAAGCAGCAGGGAUGGGUGUUUUGGACUUGGAAGGCUCAGCUUGGGGACUAUCGCUGGUCUUAUCAAGGUAUGUGCAGCUGUGAUUUCUACGGAUGA